AUGGAGCUUCAGGAAAUUAAGUGUGCUGGGAAUAGUUUUACUUGGAUUAGGCCUAAUGGUUGUGUGAAAAGCAGGCUUGAUAGAUUCUUGGUUUCGGAGAAUUGGCUAUCUCUUUGGCCUGAGAGCUGUCAACUUGUCCUCCAAAGGAAUCUUUCUGAUAAUUGCCCAACCAUCUUGCAAACUAGCAUGGUGGAUUGGGGUCCUAAGCCCUUUAGGGUGUUUGACUGGUGGCUGCAACAAAAAGGGUAUCAAAAAAUGUGGAGCAAGGUAGAGGGGAAUAUUAAUGCCAAGAAGAUCCUCAACAUUCAGCAGAAACUAAAUGAGGUGGAGAAUCAAGCCUCUCAUCGAAUUCUGUCUGAUCAAGAGCUUAAGGAUAGAAACUCUCUUCAACAGGAGUUAUGGAAUGCUUCAAAUGCUUUUGAAUCUUUAAUGACACAAAAAUCAAGGGCCAGAUGGUUGAAGGAAGGGGACUGCAACACUGGUUACUUCCACAAAAAUAAUAAAUUUCAGGAGAGCAUACAAUGCUAUUCCAGAUUCACUGAACAGAACCACUCUAGACCUACCUUGAAUGGGGUUCAAUUCAAUUCUAUUUCUCAGGGGCAAAGGGAGCAGCUGACUGCCCCUUUCUCUCACCAAGAGGUCAAAGAAGCUGUGUGGAGUUGUGGAGGGGAUAAAUGCCCUGGGCCAGAUGGCCUUAACUUGAAGCUUCUUAGAUGGAAAGAAAAAGGAACCUAUCAAUAUAUUGUAGUAUGCUGA